AUGUCUAGUAAACUAUAUCAAGGGAUAUUUAUUCCAUACUCUGGUAGACCAGAAGAAGUAGAAUUAAAUAUUGAGUCUGGUAGUAUUCAACGGAAAUUAAAUUGUAAACUUACCGACUAUGUCACUCUUUGGGCAAAAGAUUACAAACUUUGUCUAUUUUGUGAUGAUGUCGGCGUUAAAAAAGAUUUAUCCGUGAACCCUUUGGCUACUCGUUUAGCAUGUAGUCUUUUCGGAAACACUACAUAUCAUUUGCCAGUAUUAGGAAAUACCCUCCUAUUGGAUGAUGAAAAAAACUUGACCUUUAAAGACCUUAGUACACUACUAAAUGCGCCUACGGAUAUACCUCAUACAGAAGAAAUUGCAAAUUGUUUAAUAGCAGAUCUCUUUCAAGUAAAAGUUCCAUAUGAGAUCUCUUUCAAAAAAGAAUUCCGAACAAUUCACAUUGUAUGCCGUGAAGUAUCUGGAAAAGAAAAUAUGUCACAACUACCUUUUCCACACAUGUGUUAUCUUGGAGAAGACAUGGAGUCACUUUUAAUUGAAAAUACUUAUUGGAAUUAUAUAGUAGUUCAAGUUAAAAAUAUUGAUUGUAUUAAAAUGACAGAAUCAAAAAGGUCUUUAGACCCUUUUCGAGUUUUUAUUGAUGAAAAACUGUCAGUUUUUCAGGAUGAAUCAAUUAUUAAUAACAAAAAAAUUAGUAAUAUUCUUAGUAUGUUAUUAGUAUCAGCCGAAGAAGUUGAUUAUUCGGAACAUGGGUACAAAAAUGAUAUUACUACAAAUUUAGUUGAAAAAAUCAACGAAAUAAGAAAUAAAUUUGAUAAAUCAAGUUUGAAAAAACUAAAUUAUUAA